GCAGCGCGGUGGCCGCACGAUGCCAGGAGUCACUGUGAAGGACGUGAACCAGCAGGAGUUCGUCCGAGCCCUGGCUGCCUUCCUCAAAAAGUCAGGGAAGCUAAAGGUCCCCGAAUGGGUGGACACGGUCAAGCUAGCCAAACACAAAGAAUUGGCGCCUUAUGACGAGAACUGGUUCUACACUCGAGCUGCAUCCACGGCCCGGCACCUGUACCUGCGGGGUGGGGCCGGAGUGGGAUCCAUGACCAAGAUCUACGGCGGACGCCAGCGCAACGGGGUCAUGCCCAGCCACUUCAGCCGUGGGUCCAAGAGUGUGGCCAGGAGGGUCCUUCAGGCUUUGGAGGGGCUCAAGAUGGUGGAGAAGGACCAGGACGGGGGCCGCAAGCUGACACCUCAGGGACAGAGAGACCUGGACAGGAUUGCCGGACAGGUGGCAGCUGCCAACAAGAAACAUUAAACCAAUGGAGUCAAAUUAAUAAAUUGUCUUGUUCUUA